AUGGCUACUUCAUUCAAUUCGAGAGGGCGGUCCGCGGUUGGAGUGGUGGUGGUGAUAGCUGCGUGCAUUCUAUAUGCUGGUGUCGCUGCCGCUGGACGGCCAGUGAUGAACGUUAGCAUGGACGUACUCAUUGCAAGAAACCAAAUCAGAAGAAAGCUUCUUGAUAACGGGCUCGGUUUGACUCCUCAAAUGGGAUGGAAUAGCUGGAAUCAUUUCCACCGUCACAUCAACGAAAUCUUGAUAAAGGAAACAGCGGAUGCGAUGGUCUCAACGGGACUUGCUGCACUAGGAUACGAGUAUGUAAACUUAGAUGAUUGCUGGGCUGAGCUUAAUAGAGACUCUCAGGGUAAUUUGGUUGCCAAGGCUUCAGCAUUUCCAUCUGGAAUUAAGGCACUAGCUGAUUAUGUUCACAGCAAAGGCCUGAAGCUUGGGAUCUACUCAGAUGCUGGAUCUCAAACAUGCAGUAAAACAAUGCCCGGAUCGCUCGGUUAUGAAGAGCAAGAUGCGAAAACUUUUGCUUCCUGGGGGGUUGAUUACUUGAAGUACGAUAACUGCAACAAUCCUGGUACGAGUCCCAAGGAAAGGUACCCAAUCAUGAGUAAAGCCCUGUUGAACUCUGGAAGAAAAAUCUUCUUCUCUCUCUGUGAAUGGGGACAAGAAGACCCUGCAACUUGGGCUUCGGCCAUAGGGAAUAGCUGGAGAACGACCGGAGACAUUUCUGACCACUGGGACAGCAUGACAUCUCGGGCGGAUCAGAAUGAUAAAUGGGCGUCGUAUGCUGGACCUGGUGGAUGGAAUGAUCCCGACAUGCUUGAAGUCGGAAAUGGCGGAAUGACCACAGAAGAAUACCGGUCGCAUUUCAGCAUAUGGGCAUUGGCCAAGGCUCCCUUGUUGAUUGGUUGUGAUGUGCGAUCGAUGGACAAGACGACCCUCAAGUUGCUGAGCAACAAGGAAGUUAUUGCUGUUAAUCAAGAUAGCCUUGGCGCUCAGGGGAAAAAGGUUAAGUCAGAUGGCAAUCUUGAGGUUUGGGCAGGUCCCCUCAGCGCGAACAAGGUAGCGUUGGUUCUAUGGAAUAGAGGUUCAUCGAGAGCUACGGUCACUGCCACUUGGUCCGACAUUGGUCUCAACUCUACGACACUAGUCGAUGCAAGAGACUUGUGGAUGCAUUCCACCCAAAGUUCAGUCAGGGGACAAAUCUCAGCUGAUAUCGACUCCCACGCUUGUGUCAUGUAUGUUUUGACUCCGCAAUAACACAGGAACAUCAGGAGAAAGGAAACUGGGUAGAAAAUAAGGUUGUGCAGAACUAAAUCUCUGCUUAUUGGAUUCUAUUUCAUCAUUGAUGUAAAAAAUAAACCACUGAAUCGUUCAUAUUUAAUGAGAUAUGAUCACCAAGUUCAGCAGUC